CAUCGUCAUCAACACACCCAACAUCGUCAUCAACACACCCAACAUCAUCAUCAACACACCCAUCAUCGUCAUCAACACACCCAUCAUCGUCAUCACCUCCCGUGCCGUUGCCAAGGAGGAGUGUCCGCCGCCGCAGCACAGCCAUCAUCGUCAUCAUCAGAGCAAGAUGGCCGAGGAGCGGGGCUUGACAGAUCUGGAAAACCGAGUAAAACUGCUCGAGGAGAAGAUAUUCGGCCCCCUGCCCAAGGAGGACGAGUACCCCGAGGUUGUGUCAACACUGGCCUCUCUUGGGGGGCGCCUGGGGAGUGCUCUGGGCACCAGGGACCGCAUGAUGAUGGUGAUGAAGAGACUGGAUGAACUGGAGCGCUACCUCGAUCCUGGGUAUGGCGAGGGGCUGGAGGUGUGUGACAGUGUGAAGCUGGACUUGGUGCUUGGCCGUGAGGAACAGCUGCAUUCCUACCACAGCCACCUGACUACCCUCAACUCACUCAAGCAUGUCCUCGACUCACAGCACAUCAAAGAUUGUGCAAACCUAGAGGAAGAGUUAAUGGCUGUAGCCGGUCAUCAGAGGGAAACAGAAGAACAAACUACACAGCAGAGUACACAAAUCAAGAACAUGCUGAAUCAGUACAAUGAUAUUAUAAACACCCUGACGGAGACCUUCAUUAAGAUGGAUGAAAUUGUAACCAAGGCAGAGAUUGCAGCAAUACCAAAGAAGGCAGAAGACUAGAGGCUCCCUUGUUAUGCCUUGGAAAGGUUCUCAAAACAUUAAACCAUAAGGCCUUUACAGAUCUAAAUACCAAUUGUGCACCUUAGUUAUCGACAUUUAAUGUUAAUGUAACUUCACCAAAGGUCUGUUAUGUUAUAUUUAAUAAGUCAUUAAAUAAAUGGCACAACAUGU